AUGGUCCAGAGAAGAAGACAUUUGCUGCCCACCUACACUUUGCUGGCUAUCGCACCUUUUAUGCUGGGAAGUACCUCAACCAGUAUGGACAUCCAGCAGCAGGAGGUUUUGCACAUGUACCUCCUGGAUGACAUGGUGAGAGAUGUAGUGGAAACAUUAGAUAAUCUCAGGCACUUGGACAACACAUUUGUGAUCUACACUUCAGACAAUGGCUACCACCUUGGUCAAUUCUCCCAGCCAUUAGAUAAGCGAGAGCCAUAUGAGACAGAUACUGUUAACAUAAAGGAUCAAAAUAAAAUAACAGAACUUUACAGCCUCGGGGCUCAGCAGUUGCGUCGCACACUGCUGGUAGAACACUCUGGAGAAGGUCGCACCAGUCACCCUGGUUGUGAGGGCCUCCCUCUGGGCCUCAGUGGCUGCAAUCCAAACUUUGCCUGCAACUUGACAAUAUUGUUGCAAAUCUCUCACCGAGUCUUUAUAGAAAACUCUGUAACCUUCUCCACAACCUCCAACGGUGCCGAGGAUGGUCCAGAGAAGAAGACAUUUGCUGCCCACCUACACUUUUCUGGCUAUCGCACCUUUUAUGCUGGGAAGUACCUCAACCAGUAUGGACAUCCAGCAGCAGGAGGUUUUGCACAUGUACCUCCUGGGUGGGAUUGGUGGCUUGGGCUACGUGGUAAUUCACGUUAUUAUAAUUAUUCUCUCUCUGUUAAUGGGUCCAAAGAGACCCAUGGUCAACGUCCGGAAGUUGACUAUCUCACCAAUGUCAUUAGGAGACAUGCACUAGAAUUUCUUCCAACCUUCACCUCAACCUUUUCUAAUGGUGCUAGCUCCCCAGCUCCUCAUGCUCCUUUUACUCCAGAGCCAAGAUAUGCAGGCAAUUUCUCUCUUAGAGCACCUCGCACCCCAAACUUCAAUGUAAAAGUUGGUAUGGAAAAGCACUGGUUGUUGCGACAGGGGGUGCAGCCGUUACCUGAGAAUAUUGUGGCGGAAGUAGACAAAGUGUUUCAAGGUCGUUUGCAAACUCUCUUGACGGUAGAUGACAUGGUGAGAGAUGUAGUGGAAACAUUAGAUAAUCUCAGGCACUUGGACAACACAUUUGUGAUCUACACUUCAGACAAUGGCUACCACCUUGGUCAAUUCUCCCAGCCAUUAGAUAAGCGAGAGCCAUAUGAGACAGAUGUGCGUGUGCCUCUCCUGAUGCGUGGUCCUGGUUUAGUCCAAGGCCACAUUCUUUCUUACCCAACUACUAAUAUUGAUUUAGCUCCAACUCUCUUAGACCUAGCUGGCCUGGCUGUCCCCAAAUACAUGGAUGGUACCUCGCUGAAAAAAUCUCUUUACUCUUCAAAGACUGUUAACAUAAAGGAUCAAAAUAAAAUAACAGAACUUUACAGCCUCGGGGCUCAGCAGUUGCGUCGCACACUGCUGGUAGAACACUCUGGAGAAGGUCGCACCAGUCACCCUGGUUGUGAGGGCCUCCCUCUGGGCCUCACUCACUAA